GUUGUGCAAACUGUAGUCCACUUCAUUCAUUUUUAACAAAACAAGUUGUGAAUUUAACACUGACGUCAUAGUUCUUGCCUGUCAUUGGGGAGCUCGCUGAAAUUCAAUCCAUGGGUAUCAAGAAAGUUAUAACCAAGGAAGACUGGGAAGAAAGACUCGACUACGUAAAAGUUAGAAAAGAGGACAUGAAUAGACUGGUGAUGAAUUUUCUAUUCACCGAGGGUUACGUGGAGGCUGCCGAAAGUUUCAGAUUGGAAUCUUGGACAGCGCCGGAUAUAGAUCUUGCAACUAUUGCAGUUCUUAUGGGGGUUAAUAAGGCAGUGCAGUCUGGUCGUGUGGAGGAUGCAAUGGAAAAAGUUAAUGAUUUCAAUCCCGAGAUAUUGGAUACAAAUCCCCAACUAUUUUUCCAUCUCCAACAGCAAAGGUUGAUAGAAUUAAUAAGGAAUGGAAAGGUAUUUGAGGCAUUGGAAUUUGCUCAAAAGGAACUUGCUCCAAUAGGAGAGGAAAAUCAAAGUAUUUUAGAAGAAUUGGAGAGGACUGUUUCGUUGCUUGCUUUUGAAGAUGUUACGAGAUGUCCAGUUGGUGAGCUGCUUGAUGUGUCACAGCGUAUGAAGACUGCCUGUGAGGUGAAUGCAGCCAUCCUUACCAGCCAAAGCCAUGAAAAAGAUCCAAAGCUUCAGAGCAUAUUGAAGAUGCUGAUAUGGGCACAAAAUUGGCUUCACGAAAAGCUGCUUAUCCUCAAAUAAGUGAUUUGUCUACCGCGGCACAUGAAGAUUCUGUUGUUUGAAUACCACAAACUUUACCUCGUUCUUCCAGCUGAAUGUGAUGAUGAAAAGUUCAAAAAACGCUGCACUUUUACGUGGAAGACAGCAUAUGAUUUGUCAUUUAGAUGUGAUGUUUCUAAAUGAAAAUUUGUGCUGUUCAACUCUCCAUUGUUUAAUUCUUGAGAACCAUCAUCAUCAAAGUUGAGGGCAUAAGUUGAGGGAUCAUACUGGGAAAUGAAUUGCUGUUUGGAUCCCUUCUCGAUUACGUUUGUCAUUUUCUUGAAUAGGCUUCUGCGUUGCUUCUUGCUAUAGUUGUGAAUAACUUGAAGUUUUUUUCUUUUUCUUAUGACUUGAAAAUUUUAUAUCUGAAUAUGUGUAGACAACGUAGCCUAAGCUUUCCAGAGGGUACAUGUCACAUGCAUGAAAGUACAAGUAUAUGAAAAAUGCACCAAUAGAGAUUGGUAAUUUGGUUGUUUAA